CACUUGGUGAUCCAUCAAUGAAAACUCCUGCUGCAGUCAUUUAUAACAUAUUGAGGGAAGCCGAUAUGGCGAACCUGGAUUUCUUUUGGCUAAUCAACUUAUUGGAAGGGGAUUGGGAAUUCCAGGGCAUCUAUUCAUUGGUAUGACAAGCCAGAGAUGCGAAGGCAACGCAAGACGGGACACAUCACAAUAGUUGGCCCUUCUAUGGGAAUUGUGGAAGCGCAACUAAGAGUGAUGCUAAAUGAAGAAAGCGUUAAUGGCCAGCCUGCAGUUGCACCACGUGUUGGGAUCUGAGUCAGAUCUUCCUGUUAUGAAGGAUGCUGCCAAGAUUUUAAAAGAGUUUGAUGUUCCUGCUGAAGUAAAAAUAGUUCAUACACCCGAGAUGAUGGUUUCUUAUGCUUUAUCUGCACGGGAACGUGGUAUCCAAGUAAUAAUUGCUGGGGCUGGUGGUACCGCCCACUUACCUGGAAUGGUUGCUGUAUUGACUCGACCACUACCUGUUAUUGGGUCAGUUCCAGUACGGGCUUCCACAUUAGAAUCUCUAUUGUCCAUUGUUCAGAUGCCACGAGGGGUCGCAGUAAGAUUGUUAGGGAUCAGCGACAUAAAGUUGCAAGCUAGAAUGGCCCAAUACCAAGAGGACAGAAGAGACGAGGUUUUGGUCAAGGGGGAAAGACUAGAAAAAGUUGGCUUUGAAGAGUAUCUGAACUCUUAAACUAUUGCUUGGGGUUGGAUAAUCUAUCCAAUGUUGAUUCAGUGUGGAGGAUACAGGUUGUUUAAGAAGAGAGUCGUUUCAGCACCAGCUGUUUCUAACAUGCACUAAAGUGUACCAGCGCAAUGUUACCUUCAUUGUACAAUGGCCGAUAUUUAGAUGGCAUAAGCACAAGCAGUAGUCAGCAGUGUGUUAUAUUCGUGCUGUCCGGUAGCAAAUGCAUUUUUGAGGCAGGUGAGCAAAAGGCAUGAUGCAAAAUUAUUUUGAACAACCUUUCUACUUGGAAUCUUGUUAAAGAUUUGUUGUUUGUUCUUUAUCAUUUUUUUAUUCUAAUUUGAAUUUCAGAGGUCACAAGAUUGUUAUUGUUCAAAACUGAACUACUGCCCCUGUUAUGCUGACCAUUUUAAUCUGCUUUGAAAUUUAAAAGGAUGACAAUUACCAUUUCUGAU